UUGGCUCAACGCGAUCCUUUUCAUCUGAAGCGUUAGCUCGACUCGUCUAGUCUUGAUCCAACUCAGUGCUCGGCAUCCAUCAGUAAGUUUUAAGUUAUGGUUACUACCCCUUCUUCUUCCUUCCUCCCUCCUAGUUCUCUUUCCAAGGAUCCCCAUCGACAGGGUACGGGGGCCUCCGGUGUUGUUAUGCCAAAGCAGCCUCCUCCCCUGGUUGUGGUAAGGCCUUCAGGUGAUCAGGCAGUUUGGCCUGAUCUCGAGGAGAUGUCUACCUCCCCUGAUGAAAUUUCCUCUAGCGGUUCUAGUUCUGGUGGUAGUACUAGGUCUGAGUCUUCUGAGGAGACCAUGAUGAUGGAAACUAACGUUAGGGUAGAUCCUUCGAGUAAGCCUUCCAGACAAUCACGAGGGGAAGCCGAGGGCUCUGAGGGGGAAGGCUCGGCGUCGUCCUUUGAUGAGAAGAGGUUUAUGACGUCCAUCAGGAGCAUUAUGACAGUGAAAUCCUUAAACUUGAUAAGGUGUUGGUUCUAUAUCCCUGAUUUUGUGGUAAUGAGUGUUCUCGAUGAGGGAGAAUCGGUGGCUAAUACCGGGUAUGAGGUGGUGCUCUAUGACAUAGCGUUCCAAUGUGGCCUCUAGAUCCCUAUCCUCUAGCUAGUCUGCUCGACCUUGGAUUUUUGGGGAAUCUCUUUGAGUCAACUGAUGCCGAACUCUUGGCGGAUUUUGCUCAGUUUUGAGGUUUUUAUGUUGAAGAUCUAGCGAGACGCGAGUUUGGAUUCAUUUCGUCGGUUCUUUAUCUUGAAGCGGCAUCUCUCCGGAUGGUACUAAUUAACCCGUAGGAACAGGGAUGGGCCGUACGGGAGCCGACAGAUGUUUACCCAUUACCUUCUUCAGUGAAGAACUGAAAAGACCGAUUCUUCUAUGUAGCGAUGCCUGGGAAUCCCUUUAAGGGGGCUUGGUCGAGACUAAGUCUCAAGAAGCUAAACCGAGUCCCCACCCUUUGUGAGGAUGACAUUCAGACCAUCCAAAUGUGUUUGGACAGGGAGGUGGUGGAUGUUCACCGGCUGUCAAAUGAGGAUUUCCUCCGAGAGUGGGAGCUUAGUGAAGUACCAAAGGAGGUGGUGGAUGCGGCGAUUGAUCCCCAUCAACUUGCCGUGAUGGCGGCUCACGCUUGGAAGGUGCAGGCAGCCAAAAGGGCUACAGAGAAGGGGAAAGGAUCCGUUGGUAGUUCUAGCGGUGGUAAGACUAUUCCCAGCACUGUCGGGGCCACCAAAAUUGCUCCCAUAGUGAUUAAGCCAAGGGUCAAUAAAGGGAAUAGUCCUCUGACUAAGGUUUUGGCUCAGCACGGUGUGCUGAGCAAAGGUAAGGCCAUGGUAGCCCCCUGCUCCCCCUACUUUGGUGGGGGCCAAGGGGAAGAGCUUAGGAAAGAUUCCACCACAGGCAUCACACCAAUCUCCUCUUGAGGAGCAGGGUGAUUAUAAGAGGCGGCGUGAGGAGCCAUCUCCUGGUUGCGCCGAUGAGAGUGAUAGGCCUGAGUCGACUAGCCUGGUGAAGGCCCCUCGGGGUGGACGAAAGGUUGUGCCCCCAACGUGGGACUUAUUAGAGGAGACUACUACUAUCGUGAACCUUGCUGAUGCUUGGAUCUGGGGCUGAAGGGGCCGUCUUUGGCUAGACACAAAAGGAGUGAGGGGGCAUGCUGACUUGUAUUUUUUCGAGAAUGCCUAUCACCAUAUCUGUGAUGUGAGUCACCUAAUCUCUUCCCCUCUUUCGUCUUGGUUGAGCCGUUUUGAUUCUGUUUUUGUGCAGGGAUUCAAUAGGUCAAUGGAGGCUACCUUCUAGUUUGAGUGGAUGACACACGCUAGUGUAAGGGCUGAGGAUGAGGCUGCCCGGGUUUAGGGGGAGCUAACCAAAACUUUGGGUCAGCUUGAGGUGGCUUGUAAGAAAGCAUGUGCCGAGGAGAGUCGGGCCAUGGCUGAGGAGAAAAGGGCGGAUGACUUGGUGGCAGAAAUGGCCAAGCAACUCUAAGUAAACAGCAACCUGGUGAAGGCCAAGGAGGCACUUCAAGCAGAGGUUGCCGAGGCUCAAGAAGGGCUGAAGAAACUACAGGACGAGCAUGCGGCUCAAGUGAAGGCACUGAAGGAGAGACACUGGUCCGAGCUGAAACUUGCAGAGGAAAGGGCUAUUGAGAGGUACGUAGCUUCUCCAGAGGGCAAGCAUGGCUGAUUAGUGUGAACACUACCUCGUUCAACCUCAGCUCGGAUACUGCUAUCAACUUUGUCCUGGGCAAGUACCCUUCACUUGAUGUUUCUGAGUACAAGCAUUAGGUUCCUCGUCCUCCUGAGUCUUCGGUGCAGCCCAGGGGUCUGGAUGACCACGGAGAGGAGGUGAACCAGGAAUCUACUAUCAAGGCUACCAACCGCAAGAAGGAUGGCUAGUGAGAUGAUGUCAAAUUUUUUUUUUUUUGGCAUGAGGAUGCCGUUUGUAAACAAUUGUUUCUUCCUCUCUUUCCCUUCCUGUAAAAGGAAGUUCUUGCAAACAGUUCUUGAUUUAAUAGAAGAAAAUUCAUCUA